AUUAAAUUGAAUUACAGAUCCCGUCUUCCCUAAGCACUUGCAAAGAUGGCUACCAAAAUUCAAAUUCACCCUCCGAAACCCACAAAACAACCACCAAAAACUCCCAGUAAGCAAUGGUCCCUCCAGGAUUUCGAGAUCGGGAAACCCCUCGGCAAAGGCAAAUUCGGCCGUGUAUACCUCGCCCGAGAAAUCAAGAGUGGGUUUAUAGUGGCAUUGAAGGUGAUAUUCAAGGAGCAAAUAGAGAAAUACAGGUUGCAUCACCAACUUAGAAGGGAAAUGGAGAUUCAAACAAGUCUUCGCCACCCGAAUGUACUGAGGCUAUAUGGCUGGUUCCAUGACGAGGAGCGGAUUUACUUGAUUUUGGAGUACGCUCACCGCGGUGAGCUCUACAGGGAGCUCAGGAAGACUGGUCGCCUGCCUGAGAAACAGGCUGCCACGUAUAUUGCAAGUCUCACACAAGCACUGGCGUAUUGUCAUGAGAAGCAUGUCAUUCACAGGGACAUAAAGCCAGAAAACUUGUUACUUGAUCGUGAGGGCCACUUGAAGAUUGCAGACUUUGGGUGGUCUGUACAAUCUAGAAGCAAGAGACAUACAAUGUGCGGAACUCUGGAUUAUCUAGCACCAGAAAUGGUGGAGAACAAAGCUCAUGAUUAUGCAGUUGACAAUUGGACGCUGGGGAUCCUUUGCUAUGAGUUUUUAUAUGGUGUGCCUCCAUUUGAGGCCGAAAAACAGACCGACACAUUCAAAAGAAUUAUGAAGGUAGACCUCAGCUUCCCUUCAACACCUGAUGUGUCUGCUGAAGCUAAGAAUCUCAUUAGCCAGCUUCUUGUGAAGGAGUCUUCAAAAAGGCUCUCUCUUCAAAAAAUCAUAGAGCACCCUUGGAUAACUAAGAAUGUCGAUCUAGCGGGAACUUGCUCAAAGUGACAUUUUCACAUACCACUCGAGAUGAUUAUCACAUCUAAUAGGAAAAAGAGCUGAAACACCAGAAGAUGAAUAACAUUGUAGGAUCUUCUACUUUCACUAGACUGGGCUUCCGUCAUCUUGUAAUUGUUACUUGAAAAUCAAGAUGUACUAAAGAGUAAUAUAGGAUUAUGAAGGUAGACCUCAAUUUCCCUUCAACUCUUGAUAUUUAUGCUGAAGCUAAGAAUCUCGUUAGCCAGGUAAAUUGAUUAUUACUUGUCUAUGCUUUAGUUCUGUAAGAAGAAACAAUGUCAUGCAAUAAUAGUUGCAUUCCUUUCUGAUGGUUUACCUUUGCACUUUGCAGCUUCUUGAGAAGGACUCUUCAAAAAGGCUCUCUUUUCAAAAGAUCAUGGAACGCCCUUGGAUAACUAAGAAUGCCGAUCUAGCGAGAACCAGCUCAAGGUGACAUUUUCACAUGCCACUCGAGAUCGGCAUUCUUAAUUAUCUGAGGGUGCUCCAUGAUCUUUUGAAGAGAGAGCCUCUUUGAAGAGUCCUUCACAAGAAGCUGCAAAGUGCAAAGGUAAACCAUCAGAAAGGAGUGCAACUAUUUCAUGCCAUUGUUUCUUCUCCCAGAACUGAUCAAUUUAUUUGUGGCUAAUGAAAUUCUUAGCUAGACACAUCAGGUGUUGAAGGGCAGAUGCGGUCUACCUUCACAAUUCUAUAUUAAUCUAAGUUAGUACUCCUAUAUUAAAAGGGAAUUGGUCCUUGGUCAAUUUGUAUCAGAUAAA